UCUCGCUCUCUCUCUCUCUCUCUAUCUCUCUCUCUCUCUCGGGGGCGUGUUCAAUAAAGUGCAGGUCUUUCAUUUGUGUUAUUUUGGGAUCAGACACUCAACACCUGACUGCUCACAACAGCACUCCAAUCUUUAACCAAGAUGCAGAGGUGGGUUGUGAUCUGUUGGGCUCUCCUGGCCCUGGUUGGUGCAGAUGAGUGUCCAGAUGGAGGAAGGUGUGAAGACGGCCAAACCUGCUGCAGCGACCCAGCCAAUGGCUAUGAAUGCUGCCCGUUUGAUCAGGCUGAGUGCUGUGAGGAUCACACGCAUUGCUGCCCUGCGGAAACAGUCUGCGAUUCAGCCACGUCCAGCUGUGUGAACGCCACGGUGUCCAUCCCCUGGGUAGAAAGAGCUUCUGCCGAUCAACCCAGACUCUCUAAAUCCUUCAGGAUGAUCAAGACGUACAUGGGGGAGGAAGACGACAACAUCUGUCCUGAUCAGUCACGAUGUCCUCCGGAGUUUUCCUGCUUGAGGGCCUUGACAAAGUUUGGCUGCUGUCCCCUAGCUCAGGGAGUCUCCUGCUCCGAUGGGAAACACUGCUGUCCUGAGGGCCACCAGUGCAGUGAAGACAGCCGCUCCUGCAUCAAAACAGAGCUUGCGUCUACGGUUCUGUGCAGCGACGGAGUGUCGGAGUGUCCAGAUGGAACCACCUGCUGUGAGAACCCAGAGGGCCUGUGGGGAUGCUGUCCCAUGCCAAAGGCUGUGUGCUGCGAGGAUAAGAUACACUGCUGUCCUGAAGGCAGCACAUGCGAUCUCGAGCACUCCAAAUGUAUCUCCUCAUCUACCAAAAAAGACAUGCCAAUGUGGGCCAAACUCCCUGCUCGGAUAAGAGCGGACUGGGAGAACCAGAUUGAGGGUGAGCAAGUGACUGCAGAGACAGUUGAUGAUGGUUCAGAAAAAACCCCUGAAGUCACCACAGUUCCUCCUCCAGAGAGGGAAGUCUCUACGUCAUCUGUUGCUAAGGCAGCUGCAGGCGAUGUCCCCUGCGACGAUACAGCAUCCUGUCCAGAUGGGACCACGUGCUGUAAAACCGAAGAAGGCGACUGGUCUUGCUGUCCUCUACCCGAGGCUGUUUGUUGUGAAGAUUUCAUUCACUGCUGCCCACACGGUAAGAAAUGUAAUCUGGCUGCCAUGACCUGCGAUGACGACACGUGCUCCGUGCCGUGGGUCACCAAGGUACCCACAAUCCCCAGGCAGGUCGCACAGGUGGGGGAAGUUGCGUGUGAUUCCACCUUCAGUUGUCCUGAUGCCACCACCUGCUGCAAGAACAAAACAGGCGGCUGGGCCUGCUGUCCUCUACCGCAGGCGGUCUGUUGUGCUGACCUUGAACACUGCUGCCCCUCUGGCACCGUCUGUGACGUUGCCACCCUCACCUGUAAGAGCAGCUCAGGCUCAACGCCCAUGCAAGAGAAGAUACCUGCAUUCGCCACAGAGGCGCCCACUACGGUGGCGACCACAACCCAAAGCGCAGAAGUCAUGACCACAAAGCAACAGAUGGAGGAGAAUGAGCAGCCUGAGGCGGGCGAGGCGACGACAGAUGAGGAGGAGGAGGAGAGUGAGGAAGACGAGGAGGAGGAGAAUAAAGAAAUGGAGGGCAGGGUUCAGUGUGACGACCACAGCAGCUGCCCUCAGGCCACCACCUGCUGCUUCAUGAAGUCGUCUCAAAGGUGGGGCUGUUGCCCGCUGCCAGAGGCUGUUUGCUGUGGUGAUGGGAACCACUGCUGUCCCACCCACUACAAGUGCAGUGACAGCGAGACCUCCUGCGUCAAAGGAGAAGUAGUGAUUCCGUGGUACACCAAGCUCCCGGCCACCACCAGCAUCCAGGCUGAUCCCAGCGCUGUGCCGUGCGACGGUCAGACUCAAUGCCCUGAACACACCACCUGCUGCCGGCUGGUCACGGGCGAGUGGGGCUGCUGCCCGCUGCAAGAUGCUGUUUGCUGCCCUGAUAAGGAGCACUGCUGCCCGCAGGGUUACACCUGUAACACCGCCUCGUGUCAGAAGCUCAUCAUGCUGCAGCUGGAGACUGUCCCGCUAACCCCGGUGUAUCUGCCCCAGCAUCAAGCCCAGCUCAGUCCCUUAAACCUCAGAGACGUCCAGUGUGAUGAAAAGACCAGCUGUGCAGAUGGAGAGACCUGCUGCAGGACGUCUGCGACUACAUGGGGCUGCUGCCCACUUGCUAAUGCGGUGUGCUGCAGCGACAUGCUACACUGCUGUCCUGCCGGCUACACCUGUACUGCAGGUGGAGACUGCACCCAGAACACCAGGCUUCAGUGGUUCAACUGGCAUGUGUUCCUCGCCAACAAAAAGAGAGCUCUGAUAGUGUGAAAACAUCUCUCCUGCACUGUCACGUGUUUCUGCAAGCAAUGCACUAAUGGGAAGUAAUGAGAAGGGAUUUUAUGAUGAUUGUUAAAUGCUUUUUGGGACACUGUGGAAUAGAUUUACACUUGGGUUUGUGAUGUUCUGUGAUCUUUGAGUUACGUGCAACAAGUUCAGUUCUGACAUGCUGUUGUUAUAAUGUUCAUAGGUCAAAUGAGUCAGAUAGAUUCUUGUUAUUCCAAGCACAUAGUUUGCUACUUGAAACUCUGCUCCAGCCAUUAAACAAUGAACUGAAACACUCCACAGGUAGUAAGCUUUUAUUCACUGUCACUCAGCUGUUUCUGUAUGUCCUGCUUUAGCUGCCUCCUGUUGCAAAGUCUUUUAUAAUUUUGAUUAUGACAAACAUGAACUGCUGUGUGAUUUCGAAUCCUGAUGAACGAACCAGUUUUCUGGUCAGUACUUUGGUUUAUUUAGAUAUAUCUGUAGCAUCACCUGUAACAAGUUCUUCUUCCUAAAAUGAUGGUUUAAAAUCAAAACUGUUUUCAUUUUUUGCGUUUUAUUGUCACUUAUGAUCAUUUAACAAACACCAUGAUGCAAACAUGGAGAAAUACACGCUUGGUGCUGCUUCAUCUCUUGAGGAGUCAGAUGAAUCUCUACAUAUUCCAUAAAACUAAUAAACAAGAUCUGAUGUUACAACAUUA